AUCCACAAAUCCAACAGAUGCAAAAUGUUCUGUUUGCGUUGGUGUUGACGUUUCUGUUUGCCCUGGCCAACAACAUACUGCCGACAAUACCGUCACUGUCCUUCCAGGUGUUGGGGUUCGUACUACAGACAGUUGAAAGGGUAGCUGUUGUGACUUGCCUUUGUGCGUUUGUUUCUCAUGUAAAUUUUCCGAUAGAACAUUUUGGGAAACUCAUCGGCCUGCAUUUUGCUGUAGCGAGCAUCGUUAGUUUGCUGCGGUUCCCAUUUCAGUCCUUCAUCACCAAAUCACUGCACGGGGAUCCAUUCUAUAUAAACCUACUACUGCUGGUUCUCCUGUUGGUGUCAUGCGGCCACCCGAUCAACGUUUGGUACCACUGCAAACUGGGUCUCAUCCGGGACACCGGCAACUCAGAACGAGACCGGAACUCGGCGAACGAGCAGCUUGUCUCCGAGGACGUCGUUAUAGCAGCGGAAGGUACACCUUAGCCUAUUCCUGAACAUGAUUACCCGCGCUGAGAGAAGUAGGUCAUUUCCGGUAUAUGAUGGUAUCCCCGUGAUACUUAUUUGCCUUUCAGUCAUGAUCAUCAUGGAAGUUCUUCAUCAAUGGCCAAGCCAUUGUUGCCUAGUUAUUUCAAAUUGGCAUCGAUCAAAUGGCCGACUACAUAAGAAUGAUCUACAACCUUCACGUCAUAAGACUGGAAACGAAAUGAAUGGUUGCAUGUCAACACCCAUAGGGUUUGGAUAAUAAAGUACUGAGUCUACCGAAUUGAAUACCAGUGACGGGAAUAGAAAGCAAUUUUCGGCGAGAAUGUAAUGAAUGCAAGUGAUAACAACUCGUGAUUUCAUAAAGUUUAGAAGAUGUUCCUCAUAACUGUUAAUACACUGAACCAUUAACAUAA